AUGCAGGACUAUGGGAAUUCCUCAGAUGUGCUAUCAGACAUGCUCUCAUCCAGGUCCUACUUGGACUUGUCUUCGGAGCGGCCACAGGUUCUUCCCAGACGGGAACUAGACUCCGAAAUUAAACAUGAGCCGGAGCGCAGCCUAAGGCCGCGGAACAAGCGUGACCCUAAAGCACCGGAAAUGACCGACCAGCUAGGGAUCAACAGGGAAUCGGCAGCUCCGGAUCGUCCCGCUCGGAAGCGAGGUCGGCCAAGAAUGGAGACAGUCAAGGAUGCGGCUGCCAUUGAGGAGCGUCGUCUGCAGAUUCGACGUGCCCAACGCACUUAUCGACUCAAAAAAGAAUCAACGAUUCAGUCCCUCAAAUCUCGCGUCGAUGGACUGGAACGGACCUUGGAGAAAGUCUCUCAUCUACUCGGUGCUGCCCAUCAGGAUUCAGCUAGUCACCAGGGUGGCACACUGACGACACAGCCUGGCAACGACUAUCUGACUCACGCACGAGAGUUGAUUUUAGCAGAGCUCCAUACGACCCCAUCUACCCCAGAGGAAGAUGAGAAUCUUGAGCCAGCUCGCCAACCAUCGAGUGAGACCUUAGGAUACCAAGUCUCGCACGCGUUGAGCUACGCAGAUGAACAACCCCAUCAGAAGGAACGUUCUUCAUACUCCAACCACGCCAGGUCCCCUUCCCCACUAAUCAACCGUAUCCUCCCAAACACAACAAUAUAUACGUAUAGCCACCAAGAAUCUAAUCUCUCACGACGUCUGCACAGGUUCUGCCUCGAGCAUAUUUACCGCUGGCUCACAGAUGCUCGCACCGAGCCAGCACUACUAGGUCGUGUCUUUGGACUCGUACCGUGCAUACAAGACAUGCCAGGGAUAAGACGCAGUUUCCGGCGUGCACUACAUUCCGAGAUUGGAAGUACGCUGGAAUUUACCAAGCUGCCUUUCUACACGCUCGGUGGAGCGGGAACGCAUUUUCCACGGAAGGAUAGAGAUGGGAUGCCCAUUUCCCCAGAUAAUAGUCGGAGACCUGGCAAGAUUUUGCGAAGGAUGGUACGCAUUCUGGAGCGUGGGGGAAUUCAAGAUUGGGAUGAGGAUUGGAGUGGAGAUCGGGAGCCCGGGAUUACGGGGCCGGGUCAAAGGCCCCUGGACAUGGAUCGGGAUGAGAGGAUCCGUUCGUUGGAUCUGGAUGGUGAGUGGUUUGACUGCCAUGAUAUACAGGGCUAUCUGGAGUCCCGCGGCCUUACGCUUGAUGGGUCGGCGCUGAGGCUGGAGGUACCCCCUGCUAUGGUUUGGCAUCUUCAUGGAUUCUCACCCGAUCAGUCUGUGUCGAGUCUGUACCAAACCCCCGACGAGGUUUGCAUCAACCAGCCAGCAUCAGAGCCGAGCUCGUCUUACAUGCUGGACCUGGAGUGUUUCUUUGAUCUUCUUCUGGCCAACUUACGAAUCCUUGGCCGCGCUCCAGGGUUCCGAGUCUGGGAUGUUGACUCUGCGUUGAGAUCCGCCAUCCAUCGACGCCCGUUCAACUAG